AUGUUAUUUGAAAAAAUUUGUAUCAUUACAUUGCUAUCAUUAGUAUCUUCAGAGGAGCCGUUACAGCCCAAUAUUGUUUUUAUAGUCGCAGAUGAUUUGGGUUGGGAUGAUGUCAGUUUCCAUGGAUCAGAUGAAAUUUUAACUCCUAAUAUUGAUGUACUUGCUUACGAAGGUGUGAUACUCAAUCAAUACUAUACCGAUACUGAAGGAACAGCGUCAAGAAGUGCGCUCUUUACUGGCAAAUAUGCUAUGCGACUUGGAACACAAGGCAUUUCACUAUCGGCAGCUGAAGAUCGCGGUAUACCCAUAUCUGAAGCAUUACUGCCAUCCUAUUUAGGAAAAUUGGGGUACUCUACUCACUUGGUAGGAAAAUGGAACGUCGGUAAAUCCAGAGAACAUUAUCUGCCAACCUCUAGAGGAUUCGAUUCUUUCUACGGCUUCGUGGGUCGUUCAGUGGAUUAUUACACAUAUAAUCUUGUAGAGAACUGUAAUGGCAGUGAUUUCUUCGGACUUAAUCUCUUCAACAACAGCGAUCCUGUAUUUGAUCAAACUGGUCAUCUAACUGAAAUCCUUACGGAUCAAGCUUUACGAAUAAUAAGAGGACAUAAUGUAUCGGUACCGCUAUAUCUUCAUAUUUCUCAUGCUGCUCCCCACGUGGGCGGAGGACUAGUGAAUCUACAACCGCCUUUGGAUAGCAUUGAAGCAAAUGCACAUAUUGCCUAUUCUGCUAGGAGAUUAUAUGCAGGACUAGUAACAAGCUUAGAUAAAAGUAUUGGACACAUCGUUUCAGCAUUAGCUGAGAGAGACAUACUAGAUAACACAAUAUUAAUCUUUGUAUCCGAUAAUGGCGCAGCUUCAACUGGGUCUUCUCAAAACUUUGGAUCCAAUUUACCAUUUCGAGGUACUAAAGGUACACCUUGGGAUGGAGCUGCGCGUGCCAUAGCUCUUCUAUGGCAUUCAUCGUUAUCGCCUAAAAUACAUGAUGGAUUAUUCCAUGUCACUGAUUGGCUUCCCACACUGGUUAACGCAGCAGGUGGAAAUAUAUCCGAACAAAUUGACGGUAUCAAUCAAUGGGAUACUAUAAAUCACGACGAGAAAUCUAAGCGACUUGAUAUUUUAAUAACUAUAGAUGAUUUAAAUGGAUGGGCAGCAUUUAGACAGGGUGACUUCAAAAUAAUUGUAGGAGAUGUAAACCAGAAUUUUAGCGUUUUUUAUAGUAAAGAAUUAAAGGUAUUAAGAACCCCAAUACCAUCAUACGAGGGUAUGUUAUUAGAAUGUGAUACAAAUCGAAUAUUUAGAGAAAUGUUAGAUUUGGUAAUGGAUGUUGAUUUAGCAUUUUCUAAACGAAAAGAAUUGAUUGUAACUAAUAUACACGAGAAUGAAAUGGACGUAAAUCUUUGUGUCCCAACUAAAGCCAAAGGUUGUCUUUUUAACAUAACUGCCGAUCCAUCGGAAACCAAUGACUUAUGGAAUAGUUUACCGGAAUUAGUGAGACACAUGACUUUACGUCUCAGAAUUUUAUGGAUGGAGAUGAUCCCUAGACGUCAGCCUGAAUCAGAUUCGAGAGCAAAUCCAUCAAAUCGCAACUAUAUUUGGUAUCCCUGGGUAGAGAACAAUGAAGUAAUAUUGGAACCUCCUAAAACGCCUGCAUUCCCUUUACAAGUAUCUGUUAACGAAUUAGAAUAUUUAGUAGAUUUAAAUAUGAACACUUUUAAGGAAAACUUAAAUCAAUACAUUAAAAAUAUGAGUAAAUCUUUUAUUAGAAGCGUAACUUCAUUAUUUUCUUUAUAA